GCAGCAGCAACUAAGUCGCCGUCGUAGUGUUGAAAGUUUCGUUCGCCUCGGUACGGUUUCUAAUCGCGGGGCGUAGCAGCAUUUUGUCGGAAUGUUAUUCGGAAGUGUGAUUUGCGGCACGUACAAAAAUAUCGUCACCAUUGCCGGCCGGAAGUGAUGUAUUUCGAGUGAAAUUCGUGCGCGAAAAAACGGGAAGAUUGGUGAAAUUCCAGCACCCAGUUUUCGACAUAUCCCCGAUCAUCAGUGCAGUGCGUACAGUGCAAGCAAAGAAGAUCGCAGAAACGGCAGCUAUACGUACAUAGUGAUAUAGGAUAGGGGCGCAGUGCGCUUGUGUAUUUGGCUAAUGACCAGUGUGCGGUUAGCUUAAUUGAAUCGGUGCUUUUCAUCGUAAUGCUAACCGGUUUAGGUUGCUCUAGUUUAGAGUUAUUUCACGAUGUUAUUCGUGAAGUUAAUUAAGAAACCAUUCAACGAAGGAAGAAGAAGUUGUCUGUAAAGUGAUAAUUGGUGUUAACCUUUCGGCGGAAACGUUCAAUUGCAUAGUGAGUGGAGUUAGCUAACUAGAAGAAGAAUAAUAAGAAAACCGUCCGCAUCAUCAAAGGAUGACCACAAGGAAAAAGAAACGUCAACAGGAAGGAGGCGGUUUUCUCAAGAAAGUAUCGUCGCUGUUUAAUCUGGAUACGGUCAACACAUCUAACUCGAACGAUGCGAAACAGCUAAACGGAGAUGCUGUUUGGGAGUAUGAAGAUAUUGUGCUGGCUCGGGGUUCGACUGGGCUUGGCUUCUCGAUAGCCGGUGGAACAGAUAAUCCGCACAUCAAUUUGGAUGCAUCCAUAUAUAUCACAAAGGUGAUUCCGGGGGGAGCUGCCUAUGCAGAUGGACGACUGCAGGUGAAUGACUGUAUCGUUUCCGUCAACGAUAUGUCGGUGGUGAAUGUAACCCACGGAGAAGCGGUGGAUGCACUGAAGAAAGCUGGGGAAAGAGUGACGUUGCACAUUCGUCGGAAAAGGCCUCCGGCGCAAGCACCCAAGCAGGAGGAAAUAGAAUUGAUUAAGGGUAACAAGGGUUUAGGAUUCUCGAUUGCUGGAGGAAUAGGCAAUCAGCACAUCCCGGGAGAUAAUGGCAUCUACGUGACGAAGAUAAUGGAUGGUGGGGCGGCCCACGUCGAUGGAAGGCUUGCCGUCGGCGAUAAGCUGAUUGCCGUGCGAACCAGCGACGAGGAGCGGAAUCUCGAGAAUGUGGUCCACGAAGAAGCCGUCGCCACGCUGAAGGCCAUCACCAACAAGGCGACGCUGAUCGUGCAGAAGACCAACAUUUUGCAGGCGCUGGCCAAUUCGAUCGGGAAUUUGAACUCGCUUUCCACUAGUGCAAUGAAUCAGGUCGGCCAAAGUGUGGUCGAUCAUGCGGCACUGAGCGGCGGUGGUGGGGAUCUUCGGUCCCACUCGCCCCUGCUGGAUAAUGCCUCCUCACGGUACGCGUCCUCGAAUCUGCUGGAGUCGGGCCUACCGAUCGGAACGCCGCGAGCCGUUAGUCACGAGGAUAUUUCGAGGGAGCCUAGAACAAUAGUCAUUCAGAAGGGUCCUUCAGGAUUGGGAUUCAAUAUAGUCGGCGGCGAGGAUGGGCAGGGGAUCUUUGUGUCAUACGUGCUUGCCGGCGGUGCGGCUGAUAUUGGAGGUGAACUGAAGCGGGGCGAUCAGUUGAUGAGCGUAAACGGUGUUAGCUUGAACGGUGCUUCUCACGAGGAUGCUGCCCAGGCACUGAAGAAUGCUGGUGGCACAGUUACCCUGGUUGCGCAGUACCGACCAGAAGACUAUAAUCGAUUUGAGCAGCGAAUACAAGAACUGAAGCAGCAGGUGGUGGCCGGAACCGGAACCUUGCUGCGGACAUCACAAAAACGGACUCUUUAUGUGAGGACACUGUUCGACUACGAUCCGAACCGAGAUGACGGCCUGCCCGGGCGUGGAUUGCCCUUCCGUCAUGGUGACAUCUUGCAUGUGACGAACGCGUCCGACGACGAGUGGUGGCAGGCGCGGCGAGUGAUCGGCGACGAUGAGGACGAAAGCAUCGGCAUCGUUCCCUCGAAGCGACGCUGGGAACGGAAACAGCGGGCCCGCGAUCGGAGUGUCAAAUUUCAAGGCCAUGCCGGGGGGAAUAUGGAAAAGGUUUCGACGCUCGAUCGUAAAAAGAAGAAUUUCUCUUUCUCGCGGCGGUUCCCAUUCAUGAAGAGCAAGGACGAUAAGAACGAAGAUGGCUCGGAUCAAGAGCCGAAUGGCAAUGUGUGCGAUCAGAAUAAUCAUGAUUCAGAGCAACCUUUCAUGCUUUGCUACACGCAAGACGACGCGAACGCCGAAGCUGAGGAAAAUAUCCUCUCCUAUGAAUCGGUUCAGCGUCUGCAGAUCGGUUACACUCGUCCGGUUAUUAUUUUGGGCCCCUUGAAGGAUCGUAUCAACGAUGACCUCAUUUCGGAGUAUCCGAAUCAGUUCGGAUCGUGCGUUCCUCACACAACCCGACCUAAGCGGGACUACGAAGUUGAUGGCCGGGAUUACCAUUUCGUAGCGUCCCGGGAACAAAUGGAAAAGGACAUCCAGAAUCACCUGUUCAUCGAGGCUGGCCAGUACAACGAUAAUCUGUACGGAACGUCAGUUGCAUCGGUUCGUGAAGUAGCCGAAAAGGGCAAACACUGCAUCCUGGACGUAUCGGGCAACGCAAUCAAGCGACUGCAGGUGGCACAGCUAUUCCCGAUCGCAAUAUUUAUCAAGCCAAAGUCGGUGGAGUCGAUUAUGGAAAUGAAUAGAAGAAUGACAGAGGAACAGGCCAAGAAGACUUACGAGAGAGCACUCAAGAUGGAGCACGAGUUUGGCGAAUACUUUACAGCAAUUGUCCAAGGCGACACGAUCGAGGAGAUCUACAGUAAGACCAAGAACGUAAUCUGGUCCCAGAGUGGUCCAACCAUUUGGGUGCCGUCGAAGGAAUCUCUAUGACCUCAGGCCAACAUAACGUGGACUCUGCCACCGAAUAUGCGCGCCAGGCCGGUGUCCCGCUCCGGUUAUCAUCAUUGACGGUAGCCGAGGCCAUCUUAACCGCCGCCACCACCACUAUAGCCCUACCACCAUGAAGUUGAUGAUGAUGAUGACGAGAACACUCACACUCUUACUCUUACACGUUAAUGUACACAUACACUGAGCAGCUGUCAGACGAAGAGCGCAGCUGUGUGGAAACUAAUAGCAAAAGUGCUGCUAGUAGUUUAGAAAAAAGAAUAAAGAGCAAAACAUGUUGUUGUCUAUUAUUAUUUUUAAAUUAUAUAUUGAUGCGAGUACGAGAGCUUGGCGAGUAAGAUUUUAAAAGAAAAUUUGCAUUGAAUAUGGGAAAUUUAUUUAAAUUAUUUUGUUCGAGAAUAAUAAACCUAUUAACUAUUGAUGAAUGUUUAUUAAAUCAAUAUAUUUAUAUAAAAGAAAAAUAUAUAAAAUUAAUGUAUCUAAUAAAACAUGGUUUAAACUAAAUGAAAGUAAACAUUGAAUAGAUCAUGUAUAUUAAGGUAAAAUAACGUCUAUAGAAUUCUGCCACGGACGAGUUCGUGAAUCACAUCAACACUGAAGUCUGGUUGUUGGACUCUAACGUGUAUCUAGUACUGUGCUUCAAAAUUGUUACAAAUUUAGCGAGAAACACUAAGGCUAGUAAAAAGCAAAUAUUAUCCGCACCCUUCCUUCAUAACAGUUGGUUGAACAAAGCAAAUGAAACGCAUUUAACUAUUCGCCUAAACCAAAUUCCCGAAAUGAAAAUGAUCCGAAUCAGAACGUUUGAAUAAGUAGUCUAAUUUUUGGACAAUCAAAAUAUUUCCCGGUAAUUCUCAAAACUAAACUAUUACUAGAGAUACGAUUCAAGCUAACAAAAACUCGAAAUAUGACACUUUGUUUUAGUAGAAAAUAAACGGUUUUAUUUAUUUUAAUUUUGCACCAAUUCACCCACAAAAACAAAAAAUCCACACCCUGCACUUGCAUUGGAACAUGUGAAAGCUCACAGAAAAAAAGAAAAGCGAAACGUAAAUAACACCAUUCAUUUUAUGUUUUAGUAAGUAAGUAGUCGAUAGAAAGUGUAUGAAAUUGUCACCGGCUUAAGCUCAUCUUCGAAAAAAUACAACACAAUAUCUUUGACUUCGCAAUACAUACGUGCGCAGAAAGCAUGUACCAAUAGGCUCUGUUGUGUAAAGAUAUCGGGAAGCAAGUCAUUCGUUUCGAAUGACUUGAUCAACUUCGUGCCAAAAUUUUACACAAACUCACAGUAUAUUCAAUUUCGAUCGGAAACCAGCCAACAUUCGCGAGCCAUAACCCGAAACCGGACAGUCAGCAACAAUAUCGUGAACAAUGUGUCAUCAGUUCUCUUUCAUACCCUUCUACUGCAGUUAAAUGAACGGUCGUCAUAUUUAUCGGACGAUAUUAAAACUCAUAACGGUAAAACAAAAUGUCUUUUCAUUUAUACAAGUAAACUUCUAAAUCGAGCUGUAUAAUCCAAUUAGUACUGCGUAUAGUGCGGUAGUGCGACACCAGAAGGAAAUCAAUAACUAGAACCCGCAACACUUACAUUAGAAAGCUGCCUUACGAAAAGAAAAUCCCUUAAAAGUUUUAUAACGAAAUAUGAAAGAAUGCCGAAUGGUUUAACUUGUUUAGUGAGCCAAAAGUUAAUAAAUGAUAACUAUGUGUAAAUAAUGACUCAAAGUAUAGAUUGAGAAAUACGGAAAAAAGAAAAAAAAACAAAAUUUAAAUCGUAGCAUGAAGUAAAGCAAAAAAAUCGUUGAGACAUUUCUGAUUAGUAGAACCGAGGGGAGAAGCUAAUUGAUUCAAAAUUCCUCUCACUCAUACACUCUCACAUCAAGUGUCGAAAAGCAGAAGAAAAAAGUUGUUUAACUCUUGUAAUUGCAAUAAACGCGACAUAACGUAAACAUAGGU